CCUCCCUCUAAAAAUCAUUCCACAUUUCAAAACAAAUUCACCCCCAAAACCAGAAACCGAAAGAUGUCGGGAAGAGGAAAAGGCGGAAAGGGGCUCGGCAAGGGCGGCGCCAAGCGCCACCGCAAGGUGCUGAGGGACAACAUCCAGGGCAUCACCAAGCCGGCGAUCCGCCGUCUGGCGCGUCGUGGCGGCGUCAAGCGUAUCAGCGGCCUCAUCUACGAGGAGACGCGCGGCGUGCUCAAGAUCUUCCUCGAGAACGUCAUCCGUGAUGCUGUGACCUACACCGAGCACGCUCGCCGGAAAACCGUGACGGCGAUGGACGUCGUCUACGCGCUCAAGAGGCAGGGGCGCACUCUCUACGGAUUCGGCGGCUGAGCUGCUAGGGUUGGCGGUUGCGUCAGAUGUAAAUUAGGGUUUAUUUUACGGAGUUCUAAUCCAGUGUUGCUAGACUGUUAUCUAGAUUGUUGUAUGCUCUUUUGCUUGGAUUUUAGUGGAAACUUGGAAUAUAUGUUUCCUUCCUUUGUGUGGCCA